AUGCUUAACGCCCACGGCCAGCCGCCCCCGCCGCCAUGGAACCAGCACGCCGCAUAUCAGUUCCCGCCGCCGCCCCCUCCAGACGAGCCCCCGCCGUCCUACGAUGAUGCCACACACUCCUCGAGCUCCCCUCUCCUCGUCGGCCCGCCUCCGAACUACGGCACCGACCAAGCGUACGCCGAGCCUGCUGAAUCGUCCGUCGCCAGCAGCGAGAUCGAGAGCACGGAUAGGUCGCUCCCGGAAUGGGUCGGCCAGGCACUCGUGGUUAUAGUGUUCAUCGGCAUCAUAUACGGCUUCUGGAAGCUCGUCAAUGACCCUGAUGGCUUGGACGGAUUUCCUGGCUGA